GUGAGUUCAAGGUAUUCAAUAGAGCCUUUUUACUGCAUUAUAAUCCAUUUUAAAAUUACCAAUUCUCCCAAUUAGAAUGGAACAAUUGGAUUCUUGAAGGGUUUUGCAAGCGGUCAAUUCCCACUUGUUUCGAACAGCCGCGGGGAUCAACAACAGGACUGACUACCACUUUUGAUCUAUUCAUGAAAAGAGUCGAAUGGAUUGAAACAUUAGCCUACAUAUUGAUGAAGAAAGACAUUUCCAAUUUUGAUUCACCAACAUAAUGAUUUGCACUAGAGUUUCCAACAUUUCUAGGCUAUUAGGCCUAAGACUAGAUCAAAAUGUCGUUGCCAGGAGAGCAUUCACAACUUCGACAUCCCUAAGAGCCAAUACACUGAUGGAAACAAGUGGAUUUUCAGACACACAAUUGGAGGUUCGAGAGGCCAUUGCAAAAAUUUGCUCAAAAUAUCCGGAUGAAUACUGGGCAAAGCGUGAUGAAACCGGGGAAUAUCCUCAUGAUUUGCAUCGAGAUCUGGCAAAGGGUGGCUGGAUUGGUAUUGCACUUCCGGAAGAACUUGGAGGAUCGGGUCUUGGAAUCUCGGAAGCCACGAUGCUUUUGCAGACCAUAUCUGAGAGCGGUGGAGGCAUGGCAGGUGCACAAAGUAUACAUGCAAACGUUUAUGCUACCCAGCCUGUGGCUAAAUUUGCCACUGCCUCGCAACGUCAAAGGAUGUUGCCUAAGUUGAUCGACGGUACCUGGCGAGCAUGUUUUGGAGUCACCGAACCCAAUACUGGUUUGGACACUCUCAAGCUUAGAACCCGAGCUACGCGUGAAGGCGAUACUUACAAAAUAUCGGGUCAGAAGAUUUGGAUUUCCUCAGCACAGGUUGCGACGAAGAUGGUGCUAUUGGCUAGGACUACUCCAUUGGAAGAAGUGACAAAGCCUUCUGAAGGUUUAUCCCUUUUCUUCAUCGAUUUCGAUCCUAAACAGCCCGGUCUCGAACUCAAGAAAAUCAAAAAGAUGGGUGGGCGUGCUAUUGAUGCAAACGAAGUUUUCUUCGACAAUUAUAUUGUUAAUAGUGAUUCGUUAAUCGGCAAAGAAGGGCAAGGUUUCAAAAUUGUACUCCGUGGCAUGAACGCUGAACGAUGUCUGUUGGCAGGCGAAGCACUAGGUCUCGGGUAUGCUGCUCUGUACCGAGCUUCCCAGUAUGCAAAAGAAAGAAUUGUCUUUGGUCGACCUAUCGGUAUGAAUCAAGGUAUCCAGCACCCAUUGGCCGAUGCAUACAUGCACCUCGAAGCCGCAAAGCUGGCAACUUAUCAUGCUGCGAAAUUGUAUGAUAGCUCAACGACGGAUCAGACAAUAACCCAGGCAGCCGUUGGUGUUGCGUGCAACAGUGCAAAGUAUCUAGCAGCUGAAGCGGCCUUUACUGCCUGUGAGAGGAGCGUAUUAAGUUUGGGCGGCAUGGGCUACGCCCAGGAAUAUCAUGUUGAGAGAUACUUGAGAGAGUGUUUUGUUCCAAGAAUUGCACCAGUUUCAAGAGAGAUGAUCAUGAAUUAUGUUGGAGAGAAGGUUCUUGGCUUGCCUAGAAGUUACUGAAAAUGUAGUUAUGUAGUAAAGUAUGAGAGUGAUUGUUUUGUAUGAAUUGGGAUAUUGAUAUAAACUGGAACAAUCAUAUCAAUUAAGCUAACUUAAUCAUAUUAGUUGAGAUAUUGAUAACAUUUGAGAUGUUGAUAUCAAUCGG